UUCCAUUUUGAUGACCGACAAGUUCUGCAGCCUUUUAGCAUCGGUCCACGGAACUGCAUUGGCCGAAAUUUGGCGUAUAGCGAAGCUCGUACCUCGUUUGCACUGAUUUUGUACAACUUCAACAUGCACCUGCAUCCGAAAAUUGAAUAUUGGGAUAAAUAG